AUCGCUCCAAAACAGCCGAAUGUUUUCGGGUCCUUUCCCCCCAUUCGGGCCGAUUCCCCUUGGAAGCACUCGCCAGUCGUCACGUCCCGUUCCUCCCGUUCCUCACUCCGCGCCACGUCACUCUCAUCUCGGUUUCUCGGUCAAGAGUCUUCUCUCGAUCCCUCUGCAACUCCCCAGCGUUCGCAUGAGGGAAUCGUGCGGCUGAGCUCUUUCGAAGAUCUCCUGCCCGAAGGCGAUGGCGCGGCUGCUCCUUCUCGCGGCGAUCCUCAGCUGCGCCGCCGCGGCGUCGGCGGCGGCGGGGAGCUCGGCCCCCGCGGCGGCGUGCGAGCUCAGCUUCCCCGAUCGCGACCGGCUCUACAACUACAGCUUGGCCUCCCCCAUCCCGAAAUUCCCGCACGGCGUGCUCAGCGAGGACGGGUUUUACAAAGUGGCGGCAAAUGAUACUGUGCUCUGGUUUCAGCUCUGCGGCGUUAUGAUAUUCAAUCACGACCCACCCAGAUGUGUUGACUGCUCGAAUUGUGGAGGUCCUUCACACUGCGGCAUGGAGUGUAGUGCUCUUGUGACAGAUGAUGUUGGUGGCUAUCCAGUAUGCAAGACAAUUGGGCGUGCAACUAGCACUUAUGUUAAUGUCAUAGAUGAGAAGAAACCACACAGUGGUGUCACUGUCAAGAUGAUAAGUGAUGGUGGCAAGUCUAAUUGUUCACUUUCUGUAUCCAUCGUAUGUGAUCCAAGUAGAGUUCAAGGACCAAAUUUACUUGAGAAAUCUGGGACUUGUGACUAUGCUACAUCGUUGAGGCAUCCUUCUGGCUGUGCUAAAAUAAUAUACGUUCACGGACAUGGAUGGGGUUGGUUUGGUUUCCUCCUGAUCAUAAGCCUGUGUCUCUUUGGAGGGUAUCUACUUGCCGGUACAGUGUACAGAUACUUUAUGCUUGGAGUUCAUGGUAUAGAUGCAUUUCCAAACCUAGAGUUUUGGGCUAGCUUGCCACAUAGAACACAGGGUUUAGUCAUGUCUCUAGUGCAAAAGUUUCGAGGGCCUUCUGAAGGUCACCGAAGCUCCUAUACUUCUGUUGGCUUUUAAGCUAUCAAUUUUCAUUCAAGAUUCAUUGGGCAAUAAUCUCCGGCUGCUUCUUAUGGUGCACAUUCUAAAGAUAAGAGGCAGUCUUCGAAGUUGAGAAUUUGACAUCGAAGAUUCGAUUUUGGGAUCAAUACCACCUAUAUACGAAGGCGUGGGAGGACUCUCUCUCUCUCUCUCUCUCUCUCUCUUUCUCUCUCUCUCUCUCUGUUAUUGCAUUUUUUGAAAGCUCCAAAUUCUCAACCGUUGAGGAUAUUUCUUUUUGAAUCUCAUCACGAUUACAUUCUUAUACUGCUUCUGUGAACGAAGUUCAUUAUAUGUUUGCCAGCUAACCUCUUUGUAUGAAAUUUUCUUCUCUUUUAAGAAAUUGUCAGUAGGCUCAAUUGAUUCUUCAGUUAGAUCGAUGAGUUAGUCAUAUAAUUGAUCUACGGUUAUCUUUUUAGUGUUAGGUACUUUUUAUGGGCUUUGACUCAUGCUUUAUUGCUAAUGUGCAUCCAAAUUUCAAUUUGGAUGACAAAACUUGGAAAUCACAAAGUUCAUCAAGAGCUUUUAACGUUCAAUGCCAGUGUUCCAUGGGUUUCCA